UCCUCUGGGCAAUGAGGAGGAUCGCCCGGCGGUAUAAGUUGAUUUUUAUAGACCGUGCAAGAGAGAUAUCUGAAAAAGGGGUCAGGUAUGUGUCCUAUAUACCAGUUCUCUGAAUCUCAUUAGGUCCGCGACUACGUCGUCGGCGGCUAAAUCAUCUCAAGAAUCAGGAUCUUCCAUUCCCUCCUCCCCUCUCCCGUCGCUCGCCAGUGAACCUGCAUGCAAUAAUUUUAUCCCAAGUUAAUUCUUGCACCUCCGGAAAUAUUUUUCACACUAAAGUUAGUUUUAAAAGUGCAGGUAAAAUUCGCGGUUGAGAGGUGUCCGAAGCACAGAACAGAGAAUGACCAUAUACACAGAGGGACCGUUAGCCACUUGGCGGUGAUGUUGAUCGCUAUUCGCUUUCGAGUUUCGUAUAUCGUAUAAUUGUAUAAAGAAUGUGGAUUGAGGAGGUUGGCACAGUGUAAUGCUGUAGUUUUUAGAAAAUCAUGGCUGAGCCUGAGGUUUGUACUGCAGAAUCGGAAGCUGACUCAGGGAUGGUUGUCGAUGGAGGAGCAGCAAGUAACGAAGAAACUGAAAGUGGAGCUUUGGCCCUGGUUACCUAUGAUUCGAGUGAAGGAGGAAUGCCAAUCCAUCGAUGCGAACGUUGCGACUACGAAACUUACAAUCAUACAGCUCUUGCUGCCCAUACUGCUCAGUGCCAAGGAGGUGACAGUGAAACCACUGUCACGAAUAAUCGAAAAAUGUUUGAGUGUGAUGUCUGUAACAUGAAAUUUUCAAAUGGUGCAAACAUGCGCAGACAUAAAAUGCGACAUACCGGAGUCAAACCUUACGAAUGCAGAGUCUGUCAGAAGAGAUUUUUCAGGAAAGAUCAUUUAGCAGAGCAUUUUACAACACACACCAAAACCCUUCCAUAUCAUUGUCCAAUUUGCAAUAGAGGUUUCCAGCGACAGAUAGCGAUGAGGGCACAUUUUCAGAAUGAGCACGUUGGCCAGCAUGACAUGAUUAAAUCAUGUCCCUUGUGUUCCUUUCAAGCAGGGUCCAUGAAGAGUCUACGAGUUCACUUCUUCAACAGGCACGGUAUUGACUUAGAUAAUCCUGGGCCUAACUUACUAGGUAACAAUAACGCUGUGAUAGGCAAUAACUUACAAUUAGAGCAGACGACUGGCAAUGGUGGUACUUGCAGUGAUAGUGGUGACUCAACUGGUGCACGAUCAGAGAACAAUGCCACCCCUCCCAUGCAUUUCCUCACUCCUCAUGUGGAAAUUUCAAUGGCAGAUGCACCACAGCAGCCUGCCACCCCAUUCUCUCCUGUUCAGGCCAGAGACCAGAAUACUAGUUUAACCUCAAUUAGUUCUGGAAGUGAUUCAACUCCUCAAGUCAAUGGCGAAACACCGCCCACAGGAACCAGUGCAGACUGUCCUAGCUCACCACAAUCAGCAGAUUCCAAUUCCAACACACCAGUCAGCAGCAGUUUGAGUGUAAGAGCUGAUCCCGAAGUAAGUCCAAUUACGCCUUCUGUAUCUUUAAUUCCGAUUAAACAGGAGCUCGAUGAUGAAAAGUCCCGUCUCAACGGACCCGUCAACUUAAGCACAACGAGAACUUCAGAAACAACCGUUGUGCGUCUGCAGUCAGCCACUUCCACCAAUAGCUUGUCGUCUUUCAUCAAGGUCUCACCCUUAAAGUCGUUACUUCGCGAAGACCUGAAAAGACGAGGAGUUUCAGCUCGGCUACGACAAGAAAAUUCUCCAACAUCAUCCUCACAGGCCAGGUUCAGCAAUGAUCAGACGCCGCCACCUCAGGAAUCAGUCAUGUGGCGCUGCAGGAAUCUGCAAUGUUUAUUCUGCGGUAUCGGCUUUCCAGACCAAACACUUUACUUUCUGCACAAAGGCUGUCAUUCAGAUGCUAACCCAUGGAAAUGUAACAUCUGUGGUGAGCAAUGUUGCAAUGUUUAUGAAUUCAACUCACAUUUGCUCAGUAAGUCUCAUCAAUGACUAUAGGCCUUUCAUAGAUUUCCUUCUUAUUUUCCUCCUUCUGUUUUUCUUUAGACAAAUUACUCCAUCCAGAAUCCUUAUUGCAUAGUUCUUAGCUCUGCCUUCAUGCUAUAGGAACUUAGAUUCCAAAGGUUUUUGAAUCCUUGAAACUUAGCUGAAACAUCACAUAUUUAGUAUAGUCUGUCAAGAUUUUCUAAAAACUUUUCUCCUCCUCUCUUGCUAUUUUUUUUUCAAGCAAGAAACGCUGCAUUUUUCUCGCAUAUUUUGAAUUUUCUGAACGGUUAUCAUAAGAAAAGAACGAAAAGGGGAUAUACUUCACUGAGUUAAUCAGCAAAUGAGCAAUCAAAUGUUUGGCCCAAGUAAGAAGCAGCUUGAAAUUGAGAAAUGUCUAUAAUGUGAAGAAAUACACAGCUUCAACCAACGAGUGAUGGUGGCGUUUUAUCGCCCAUUGUUGCCCCUUUUGUGUAGAAAAUACAACGUAUGAAACUAAAAAUAAUUGUGAAAUGGAAAUUUUGGGACAAAAUUCCACUUGAAGAUAUUUAGAUGAUUUCUAUAGAUUCAAGUUUUAUUUCUGCUGAUUUGUCAGGAAAGACCAUCCAAGAGAUUAAAUUCAAAUAGAUCCAUGAGCUUACAUCAGGCAUCUGAAAAUCUGAAUGUAACUCUUGAGCAGAAUCUGAAAAUUUUGCAGUUGCUGAUUUGAGGUGAUUCAACUGUAGUUGGUGAAAAUGAACUGCUGCAGUAGGAAUGAAUGCCAUAUGAGUCUUCAGACAUUACCAAAUUUCCACCCAUAAAACAUGAAUUUUAAUUGUAGUCUGAUUGAAAUUAUCUGAAAAUUUAAAGAAGGAAUAUUCGUAACACUGUUGAAAUUUAAACAUUUUUUCGGCGGCAACUCUCGAAUGUUCUCACAGCAUUUUUCUUCAGCGCAGCAGUGAAGUUGAAUCCUAUGUUGCGGCAAAGAAACUGUUGUAUAUAAUUAUGCACUUUAAUGGGUUGGGCAACUUCCCCUUUUUUCUCAUACUGGAAGUUCUUAUCUCAUUCGCCUUUUAUAAUACACAAUUGUUAUGAUUUUCAACUUUUUUAUCAGUCACAUCAACGUCACUUUUUCAUAUAUGUUUAAACGUUACGUUCCUACAUUUUAACAAAGAUGAUCAAUUGCUUUUUUUCAAUCAGAUUAACAAGAAUUGGCUGCUAGACCUAAGAAUGGAUGAACAAUUUAGGUACAAUUUAGUUGUAUCGUAUAAUGAGACAUUAGAUAAAGGAAGAUAGAAAGUGACCAACUUUUGAUCAAUAUAGUGUUUCCAAAAUGGUUUUGACUGAGCAGUUGUGAGCAUACAGAGAGAGCCUAUUCAAAUAUCAUAUCAUCAUCUUGCUACAUUUUCAUUUUUACCUGUAUGCAGACAUCUAUAACGGCAUAAUAAUCUUCAGUCUCUGUUUUUCUUUUCUAAUGUUUGAAGGACUACCAAGUACGCUGAAAUAUUUUACAUCAGUUGCUCCCGAUAAACUCUAAAUUGAUCAGAAUUUGUUAUGUAGGUGCUCAUCUUUUUUCCUCCAUGAAGUUUCUAUUUUAUUAUACUCAAAAAUUGUCAUUCUUUCAUAGCAACUAAUUCUAUUCUAUUUCAAUAUUUUGUUUUAUGAAUAUGAAGAAUUAAUUAUCUCAAUUUAACGAAUUCUUUUUUUUACAAUUAGAAAAAUUGAAAUUCUUAAUAAUUGAUGUAUGGAAAGCCUGAAUGAAGAUACAAAAUGAAGACAAAAAGGGAAAAAAGUCACUCAAGUAAAGACUCAUAUCUGUAACUUGCAUAAUUAUAUACUGCUGUUUAAAACUUUUUUUGCGUUUUACUUAUGAAGUAUAGGUAGAGCAUUAAAAUCGCUGUCUUCCGCACAAAGUCACGUUUCUAGAUUGCCGUUUCAGUUUUUCUUACUUACAUUUUAUUUGUGCAUAGGAGAACCAUCACUUGAUUUUUUUUUUGGAACCUCCAGUGAUGUUUCUUUCCCUGAGGAGAAAAAACUCUGAAAAUUUCUGACUAAUUAUUUUGGCGACGGUUUUCUUGUGGAAAAAUGAAAUGUUUGUUGAAAUGCUCAAAAAUCGCAGAUGAGAUACGUUCCUUUGUGUGGAAGAUGACAAACAGAAUGUGUGCCUCCCCUCACCAGCAAAGCUGUUUUCUGCAAUUUUGUUCAAAAACUUCAAUUACUCCUUCUCCCGUCUACCUUCCGUUCCAAAGCAUCUAUCAAAUUUCGCCAUUUUGCUAAUCAGUGAAGUAAAUCCUCUUCGUUAUCAGUUAAAUCUUAUCAUUUUUCUCAUUUGAAUCUGUCCGGUACUUUCAUUUAUUCAAUUAUUACUAAAAAUUUUUGCCAUGAAGCCUAGCAUUCUUUUUUCCCAAGCAUUACUGAUAGUUUCAAAGCAGCUGAACUUAAUUGUCUUUGAUUGCUGAUUUGUUUCUCUAUUUUUUCAGAGGUUUUACUUUUUUCUGCAUAGUUUGGAAGUUAACGAUUUUUGAUCUACCUAACUAACGAAAAUGUCUUGUUGGUGUACAACUUUCACUGCAAGGUGCUUUUACAAGGUCUUAAAAUGGGAAAAAUCUUAGGACCAUUUUUUAAUAUGAUAAUUUAUUAGGUCCUUGCUUGACAAAGUACCUUUGGCUGUUAAUUUUUCAUCCAAAAUUUUGUUUUGAAAAAGGACCCAAAUAAUUUAUUUUUUUUUAUUACACACCAAAUAUUAUUCAUCAACAACACAUAUUUGCCAAGCUAUGCUGAGAGGAGAAUACAUUCAUAAAACCUUCUGAAAGGACGGAGAAGAAGACCACUAAUCCGAGUGUUUAUAGGUCUCUAUCUGCAUCAGUUGUUUUGAUCAUCUAUUGCAUGGUUAAAAAUCUGAUUGACUUUUUAGCCACUUCCCCCUCUAAUGGGUGCCUUUCAUAUGUGAUGAUUCAGAAGUACAUUAAAGCCUCAGAAGUUCAAAUUCGUAUUAUUGAUAACUUCUUGUAACUUCAACCUGCGUUACGAAUCAAGUGCUUUUUAAAUGCCUUAUUUUUCUGAUUCUCUAAUCUGUGCCUUACAAGUAGCAAUUUUAAAGUGUCUUAUUGUUAUUCCUUUUACACAGUCUAAUUUUUUUACAGGCUCAAAGUUUCAGAUUUUUGUCUAAAGUUAAGCAGGGGAUCUACUCAUUUGCUAAGUGCCCAUUCACAAACAACGAGAAGAGCCACAAAUAUUCGGAGAAUUGAAGUAUGCUGAAAUUAGUCUUGUUGAUUUUUCAGUUUACUCAAAUCUCCAAUCAAAGGUUCAGCUUGAGUCUUAGAGUCGGAACAGUGAAAUUUUAUUUUGAAUACAUUUUUAAGUUUUGUUAUUUUAUUUUGAAUUCAGAGUUCAAACUUCAAAUUUGUCAAUAUUUAUAACUUUUUGUUGCUGGACUUAAUGUUCAUCUGUUCUCAAGAAGAACUGCAUAAUUUAAUAAUCUUGUUCGAAAAUCAGAUUAAGUACUAUUGUUGUGACAACAUAGUAACCAAUUUCUUAGUUGUAGGCUGAGUCUCUUCUCUCUCAUUCAGUUGUUAGUGCAAUGGGGUACUUAACUACAGGAAAUUAAGAAGUAUUUCUAUGAAAUCGGGAAAAAUUCUACGCAAGUCAAGGGAAUAUUUCUUACAUUUACUGAAAAUUGUAGCCCUGUUAAUUGCAACUUGAGUUGGAAAAAACCCAAAAGGUCUGAAUUUUCGUAACUGUAAGUUUCAUUCUUUGUUCUUGUGUCCUCAAUUAUACUUAUUUAUUUUUCAGUAUGAACUUGCCUUGUCAAAAUGAAAUAAAUGAUUUAUGAAUUAUUUAAAUAGUGAGGAUGGUCAAUUUUAAAACAGUAUUAUAAUUGUGAGGUUUUUAGAUCGUCAUUCUCCAUUUCCUUCCGCAUGAUAUUAACAAUGUUUUUCUUUCUCUUAUAGUUACAAAAGAAAUUCUAACAGUGAACAGCUACCUUUAUAUCCAAAAUCAAAUUAACGAUUCAAGAUUUUCAAGUACCUAAUCCGUAAAAAUUAAAUUGUCUAAAAAACUGUAAUUCAAGCAUUUGGACCUAGUUUAACCUCAAAUUUUUAUUUUCUGGGAGUGGCUGAUAUAGAAUUACUUUUGUAAAUAUGCUGUUGAUCAUGUCAAAAUAAGAAAAAUUUGGAAGUUUCAGAGUCUUUUGGUUAUUUCUCGCUGCUACAAUUGCAUACCAUUGUUGUUAAAUUUGAUGUCCUUACCAAAAAUGUCUCAAUUUUCAAUACUGUUUUAAUGUCUAAAAGAUAACAUUUAUAUAAACGUAUUUUAUGUAAAUAUUCUCUUUUUUAAUUAAUUAACCAUAACAAUUUUUAAUAAAAAUAAAACAAAUGGAAAAGCUAAUAUUAGUUUAUAAAACUGUAACUCACUUUUGGUAUGUUUCAUUGUUAUCAUUUUUUCUCUCAUCUUCAGCUCCAACUGGAAGGAUUUCUGGUUUUUUCAGGAAAUUUACUCGUUUCUCUCUGAAAACAGAAACUUGAAUGGCUCCACAAAUUACUUAAUUUUAAUUUUAAAUGAUUUUGUUAUCAUCUAAAUGUUUGCAUUAUUAUUAUUUUUUUUUCCUUUUUUUUUUGAUCUCCUAACUUAUUAUCUUAUUAGGGCUGUGCUCACAUUCCAUCUGUUUGUACAAUCUUCUUAGUAUAAUUUGUUUCUCUCAAGUUGUUUAUCUGUGUUUCUCUCUAACACACCAUAGGUUUUUUUUUCUUCCCCUUUUCUUUCUUCAGAAUACUUAAAGAUAUUAUUUCAGGGCAUUUUAUCUUGAUUCCAUGAAGUUGCUAUUUUGAAGUUGAAUUAUAAGAAAUAUUGGUGCCUUUUCAAAGAGCUUUCAUAAGUGGCCUUUCAUACAAAUUCUCAUCUUGAAAUAUGUACAAGGUUAUCAGACCCUUUGGGUUAAGACAGCAGUGUAAUGUCUCAGUCAGGUACCAUUCCUAUUUUAUUCAGUUUUAAUGCCUACACUUUCCAAAAAACAAUAUUAUUAAUUCUUCUCUGCUCGCUAUCUCGUGCUGAAAAGGGUUUGAUGCUUCGCAAAGGGGAAAGAAAGUUAUACAACUUGAUUAAUGAGUGACACCAAUCAAAUUCUUAAUUUUCUUUCAGGAUCCAUCCUUGUCUCGUUUUUUUAAUUUUCAAUGCAUGUAUUCCAUUCAAAUAUUUUCAUAGAAUUAUAGACAGCUGUAAGUGAAGGUCACUCACGCAAUAUGACAUUCCAAAUGAUGAACAUUUAAUGACUUUUAGAGAUUAAUUUGUAAUUUUGGCUUUGUUAUAGUGACACCGAAAGUGUCAGUCAGAGGAUGUAAAUUUUUCGCCAAAAGAGAUUCUAAAAUUACAUGCCUGUAAAUAAGCAUGCCCGAAAAAAUUCAGUAGUACCAAAUAUUGGUCUUUGCAGUCAUGACUGAGGAAACAAAGCUAUUUCACUGUGGAGUCAAAAAUUGCCUCGUUCAAUUUUCUAAUUUAACAAAUGUAUUAUGUUGAGCACGUCUAGUUGGAUGCUCAGAACAGUCUUUUUGACAAUAUAUCUCUGUCGUGUCUCAAUCAGUUAGAGAAUUAUAUUCAUAUUUGGGAUUCGAAGCUCAUUCAUAGUGUGUAGAACAAUGUUUUUCUAGUAAAAUUUUAAUUAUAAUGAAGUCUCUCAACUUCAGUUUUACUUAUAUGAUAAUGUUAUUUAUGUGUUGUAUGUUACUCGUUGACAGUUGUUAUUCUCAGUGAUUGGACAGUUGCGUGAUAUGGUUUUUAUUUCUGUUUAGGUUGUAAUUUUCCCCUUAAUAAUUUACCAGAAUUUUUAAGGCUACAUCCAUCAAACUCAGGUGCAAGUCAAAUUUGAUGCUUAAAAAAAAUUGAAAAUAUACAACGACAACAAUUGUAGCUUCUCAUCUUGCUCUAUAUAAGCCUCAACCAUUUCUCCUGUAAGUCUAAAUUUCCAUUAUUUAGUACUUCAAAAAGAACUUCAAUUAAACAAAAUACAGUCUGUCCAUUAAGAUAGUGAUCACACUGAUGAGCAAGAUGAUUGUACUUCGUAUGAGUAUUCCAAAGAGUUCCUUUUUCAAACAUGAACAAGCGAGUAGAACUCAAGAUUUAAUUUAUAAGUGGAUAACUCUAAAUUGGAGUUGCCAUUUUUCUGUGGUUUUUCAUUUCAUGUUUGUGAAGAUAUUACUCCAUGGCUUAUGAUCAUCUUAUUGUUCUUCUUUCCUCAUUCCAUUUUUCAUUUCUAUUUUUCCUCUGUUAUUCCGUUUAAUUUCCUCAUCAUGCAUUUUGUUUUUAAGAUAAAAUUAGAUGAGUGAAUGUACAGGACUUAUGUGAUCCUUUGUUUCCGUCCAAAUUUGAGAUUUUAUUUUUGAAAGAUUUUCUCUUUUUGUGUUUAUUGUUUUAGUUAUUGAUAUUAACUAUUUAUUCUAGUUAUUUUCCAGCUCUUAUGAGCCGUGAUUUCUCUCUACUUAGUUGCUAAAAAAGCUAUAAUGUAUUACACUGAGCCAAUGAAGCUGCACUUAAAGUCUUGGAAAUAUCUCAGUUGUUUCUCACGUACUGAUGAGUUCGGUUUCGAGAACAGUUAGUUGGUUUAUGAGAACUCACACGUACCUGUUAAAUAUGCAAUAUAUUGUAAAGGAAUAUUUUGAUUUUUUAAAUUGUAUCCCAGACUUUAUGCUGCAUUCAGAAUUAAAAUAUCAUUGAUAAUGUGGUGAACAUGGACCCACUCUAUCGGGAAAGACGUCACGUAACUCCCUCAGUUUAGAUUUGCAGCUUGAGUGUAUCUUAAAUUUAUAUUUGUUGAUGGGUAUUUUUAACUUACUUGUUCAAAAUGUUUCUUGCUGAGAUUUGCUCAAACUUAAUUGCUCUGUGAAAUCAACUUAGUAACGAACAAGUAACGAAAAAUCUGGUUGUAUAAAUACGCGAUAAACAGUGCUUUUAUUUAUGCUCAUAUCAGCCUAAUGUUUCACUUCUAAUUUUCUGACUCCCAGGUCUAGCCUCCAUGUUUCCAAGCUCAAAGGAAACAUCCAAGUUUAAAAGUUUUCAAAAUAGCUGUUGCAAGUGUUCCAUAUAUACCUGAAAAAACUUUGUUUAAUUUGUUUGUCUUCAUCGCUUGUUACAAUCUUUCUCAGCAAAGAUCUUAACUUGGAUAUUUCCAUCUAAAAAAAUGUCUUUGACAUUGUAUUUCAGUUCAUACAUAUUGUGUUGUCAACAUUAAGAGUAAACCAAAAAAUAAGUUAACCGCUUAUUCAGUUCAAGAGAGACGCAGGGUGUCUGCAGUUCUGGAAAACCAGGAAUUGUCAGGGAGAUCAAGAAAAAGUCAGAGUAUCUUAUGAAAAAGACUAGAAAUUUGAAAAAUUCUGAAACUUUUAAUCAAGAAAAAUAUCACUGCUGUUCACACAAUCUAAAUGAUCAUGAAUCUUAGUCUGGUUUGGGGUUUAUCACUCUGAUUGUGAGAUACACUCUAAACAUUGAGUAGAGAAUAAUAUUUAACAAAAAAUUGCAAUUUUAGUCAAUUAAAUAAUUAAUACCCAAAGACAAAAAGGCUCUCCUGUUUCUGUCAUUUGCAGUGAAAUUAAGGUAAAAAAUAUUUAAUGUUCAGCUCAACACAAGGGAAUUAUUGAUUUUUGAAAGCCAGGAAAUGUUGAUAAUUUUCUUCUGAGAAAAACUGGAAAAGUCCGGGAAUUAUUGCCUGCCAAGUCUGUAGAUAUCCUGGCUAUGUCUCUUUUGUUACAAUUUGCAAAAUAUUUUUUCUUUGUUCCCUGGGGAUCAGAGUUUUAAUCUAAUUUUGUCAUUUUCAAAUGCUCAGAAACCAUUACUCUUAUUUAUUUAUUUUUUGUUACUUUAUUUCCUCUUUUUUUCAUUUAUGCCUUCUUCGCUUUGCUGCUUAACAUUCACCAACCGCUCUGUUUUGUACGAUUUCCCCAUCCCAAAGCACUUCGACUAUCGUGAGAAAAGUGACAACCUAAAGUUCAUUCUCUUAAAUGUUCAGGUAUUAACUUUUUUCUCCAGAAUUUUAAGCAGCUAAAACUUUUUUUUAUUGUAUGCUCCAUAAAAAUUUUACUGUUGCUACAGAAGAUAAAUUUUCACUUACUUCUUCUCAUAUCUGUCACCAAAAUGCUCACUGUUACUCCAUAGUUAAGUUACCAAGCUAGUCCAUGUUUCAAUCUUUUGGUUCAUCAUGAAACUUGUUUGUUGGAAAUAGCUAUUUCAAGGAGGAAUGGUUAUAUUUGUUUAGAAAUAUGUUCGUGUGGAGAAAUGGAUCGGAUAAACUUCAAAGCAUAAUACCAUUUUAAACUGUAAUAGCCAACAAAAGUCUCCUCUUUUUUUCUUUUUUUCUUUUUUUUUAGAGAAUAUAUUUUUGCUAAUUGCAGUAAAACGGUUUCAAUGCCCAUUCCAAAGUCUGCCUACAAAACUGAGAGGUUUCCAAAGAAAGUCUGUUACAUACUACCACUUUAUAUAUUCAACAGUAAAUAUAUGAAUAUCUAGUGCAUCUAUUUUUUAAUUGUGAAUAAAUUUGCUCAAAGUUAUUAGUUGUAAUAUUCAUUUAUUCUGUUGGUUUGAUUUUGUUUCAACAUGUCUGUAUCAUAUAUAGUUUAUUAUUUUAUUUAUUGAAUUUUAUUUUAUUCUUGUACAGAUCAUUUCCAAGUCAUUCAUUGCGAUAAGGAGUAGGAAGUUAUUAUGUUUAUUUUUAUGUUUUUCCUUGUUUAUUUAUUUAAUUAUUUUAUUUUAUUUUUUUUAGCCUUCCCCUCCCUUUUUUAUUCAGAAUUGAAGAAAAUUGAAUAAGUACAUAGGUAUUUAUUUUUGCUGAAUGCAUAAUAUCUCACACUUGAGUUUUCUUGGUUUGUAAAUUGGCUUCUCAUGACAAUGAAACACCCUCCCCACUUUCAAAUUAUUUUCCUCGAUUUAGUCAUCCUUACUCCUCCCCCAUUUUUUCUCUCCCUUAAAGUAUUUAUAAUAAAGCCAUUAAAAUAUUUUUCUUUCCAAAAGAUGAAUUUUGAUGUAAUUAGGCUUUGUCAAUGAGUGAGUGUUAUGAACCGUCCAAAUCCUUUCUUAGUUUGUUUUUCCUCCUCUUUUUUUAUUUAUUUAUUUAUCCAUUUGUUCAUUGACUUAUUAUAUUUUUAUUAUUAUCUACAAUUUCAUUCUAUAUUUUUGUUUGUUUGUUUUAUACUCAAUUUUUGUUUAGAUUUAAUAUAGUUAUGACCUUUCAAAUAUUGGAAUUGACCCAAACCAUGGUUGGAUAAUUCUAAAGUCAAAAAUUCAAAUCGAUAAAAAGUUAGCAAAACCAUUGACCUAGAUCAAGAAUUUUUCUCAGGGGUGAGUUUCCUCAUAUUGAUGCCAUGAGAGCACAAAUGGAAGGAAAGUCGAUCUAGCGUACCUAAUUGGACAGAUUUUGUGAUCGAAAAUCACUGUCAACCAACCUGUAAAACCAUGUUCUCUGGAGAUAAUGAUUUCUCAAGAAAUUUGCCUGCUUUUAUUGCAUAGUAAUUUGAAGUGAAAAUAAGCCACAUACCCAUCUAGUCCGGCUGAUCACUGAAAGCAGAUGUAAUCAAAGUAACAUAUGUUCAACCCAAUACUAAGCUAUCUCAAUUGAAGAGUAUGACACCAUGAAUUCUCAACAAUUGUUGAAUUAACAUUUCAAGUCUCAAGAGCUCAGCACCUUAAAAUGCUAGUUAGCCUUUCUUUCCCUUUUUCCAUUCAAAUUUUUACCUGCGCAAAGAAAAUACAUUUUCAGUUGUAAUUUUGUCAUUUCUGAUUUUCACUGCAUUGAUGAAUGGUUUGCCGGGACUUCGUUACAAAUUGUGCACUUAACCUUCACAGCUAACAUGCUCCUUGAGAUUUCCUCUUUUCAGUGCACAUGGUUUUACUUCUUAGUUGUCUCCAUACUAGUUAAUAAUGGCAUUUCUUUUGUUUGUAGGAUUUAUAUACCAAAGAUUAUGUAAAAAAGGAUUACAAAUAAAAGUAGGAAAAGGCCUGAAAGGAAUAUUUUUCAAACAGAUUUUACUGUACCCCCAAUUGCACCUGCAUUAAGUCCGUAUUUUUUCAUUGUAUCCUUUGCUGAAUGACCUGAGAAGCAUUAGUCCUUCAAUUUUAAGACACCUGGGACAAUGGCCAGCAUUGUAUUUGCUAAUUCAGUACCCCUAGUGUCUUGGAACUCUUGGAAACUCCUCUUCUUUCCAGCUAUCGCACUGUUCUAGAAACAAUCUAUAAAGUUAUUUUAAAUUGAUAAAACAACUUUGGGAAACAUCUAGUUCAAUAUUGUUGUGAUGAAAUGAGUGUAAAUCUCUCUCGCUUCAAUAAAUUUUAGUUACAUGAAGAAAGUUGUGCGUAUUUUCAUUACGUCAAACAAGGUAUUUUACUAGAUCUGGUUAUCUUAACAAGUUCUCCAACAAUCUGCUAAAUAAUCAUUAGGGUUUCGGAGGCUCUCCAUCUUUUCUUAAAAUGGUUGACUUUUUCAGGAGACCAAACUGUUUCUCUCCUUAAAUCGUCAUUUUUUCAGUAUGUAUCAUCUGAUUUAGGCCUUUUUUUCCACGAGUAGUUUUCAGGAGAUUUGUCAAUACGCACGGGGAAAACCUCCCCGUUUAUUUCACCAUUACUAUCUCCACAAUAUGGGGCUCUCACGUUCUUGUGACAGAACACAAUCAACAAUUAAACUAAUUAUUUGAAACAAAGGUAGAGGACACUGUAAAGUAAAAUGAUCAGUAAAGCCUGUCAAAUGUAAACAGAAACAAACAAUCAAGUGAACAACAAAAUUACACACAGUUUGUUUUCGCCUCCUCUCUUUCUCUCAGUCAUUCUUAAGGCAACCAUCAGUAUUGAGCGAGUCCAUAUUUUUUGCCACUAGUUGGUGCAACUUUUUUCAUCAACAAAUCAUGGGAAAACGUCUCGUGGAGACAAGGCCGAAUGUACUUAAUCUCAUUCUAUGUUUCACAUCAUAUUUUCGCCCUAUGUUUUAUCAAAGGCUCAUGCCCAAAGUUUUGCCUUAUCCUCUGAGGGAAAUAUAUUUUAUUUUCUACUUAAUCCUGGCUGAAUAGCUAGACUGCUAGAUGCUAUAUUCCAAAAUGUUUCCCACUCUAUUUUCUUGUGAAAAAGAGGUUGUCAGAAGGCAGAUUUACAUGUAGUUUGCUCAACUCAACAGCAUAAGAAUAAUUAAGUUGGACUGAUAUCAAUGAAAUCAGUAGAACUGUUCUUUUUCUGACAUGCUCUAGUUGUUUACUUAUUAUUUAUUUCCGCAAAGGAAUAAUUUACUUAAGUUUGAUCUAGUCCAUCGUAGAUGAUUAUUGCGAUAACUGCUUUGAAUCUUCUUUGGCUCUGUGUACUUAAUUAGCUCUAAUCAUUAUUUCAAAGUCAUUCCUACUUUUCCCGAGCAUACUCACAGGAUUGAUUUUUAGCUCUUGGAAACUUGACCAUCUUUCCGAUGCAUUUCAUGGCUGUGUUGUAUCAUCUGUGUUCAGGAAAGUUAGAGUCUUUUUUUAGGUUUCCACUUUUUACUUAAUUUCAUUCCAUUAAAUUAUGAUCUAUGAUCAGUGUCACUCCAACAGGAGGAAAGAGAAAGUUUAAAAUUAGUACUUCUUGAUGAGUAAUUUCUUUCAAAUGAGUCUACGAUCACUCAAUAGAGUCAGCUGUCCUCAUACUUUCAUCGAUAGAUUUAAUUUCAGGUUUGCUAGAAAUGAACUGCAAUUGAUUUUCAAAAACACUGUGAAAAAUAACUUAUAUAUUCAUCAUUCCAACAAAGAUCAGUGUGCCUCUCUGACAAAUAAAGCAAGUGCCCUGUAAUUAGCAAGCACCGCGAAAGGACACUUUUACUAGAUUCUGCCUCUGUAAAGUGAAGAAAUAAGAUAAAAUAUCUUUUUAAUAACUGAACUUUUAAAAGUGAUCACAACUAUCACUCAACUCUUAAAGUCCUUUAGUUACAAAAUGUUACUCCUAACUCAAUGAGCCAAUUGCCUACUAAAAAACGCUUCUUUUCACGAUUCCUUGCUCCUCUGACGCAAGGGUGUAUCUUUAAUUUUACAUAAGCCCCAAGAAGCAUGAUGUUAUAUGCACAACAGGGUUCUAAUGGAAAUUGAGAUAUGCGCUUACGUCAGGGUAGCAUCGACUUACCUUCUCAAAUCAUGUACUGUUGAUCAGCUCAUGAUAGGGGAAAAAUCUCCAGGAAUAUUUAUGGUAUUUUCCCCUUUACUUACUUAAUAAAGUACUUGGUGAGCUGAUUGUGUCAUUGUCCUAGCAUUAUUACUGAGGACUCCUGUUCAUUCGUUGGAAUGCAAAAUUAUUUUCUCAUCAACGAUGAUUCCAAACCUGUUAACUCAGCAGUAACCAAACAGUGGUUUGUCUUUCUCUUUCCCCUGAAAAUUUAACAGUAGACAACGAAAUUCUUGUCAAUCAAAAUCCAAACAUUUUGAUCUGUAUCCAAUAACAAUUAUUCAAGUUCGUAAACUUUUCUUUGUAAAUAUACUUGUUUUUUUUUAUUUAUUUAUUUAUUUUUUUUUUUUUUAACAUCUCAACGUAAUUUCUUUCUGUUUAAACUGCUUCUCUUUUCCCUCUUUCAAUUUUGUUGUUCUGUGUAUAUAACUUGUAAAAACGUGUUAGUAUAAAUGGGAUUAUGGGUUAUCAUAUAGUACUUCUCUAAUUAGUCUACCUCUGGACAUCUAUUUAUUAUUUUAUUAAUAUUAAUAUUUUUAUUAUUAUUUUCAUUCUAUUUUUUAUUUAUUUUUUCAUGAGUACAUAGUUGAUUUAUCCAUAAUGUCGUUGGUUAUUAGAUAAUUCGGUAAAUCAUUCAUGUUAGUAAGUCAAGAAUUCAGUUAGAAUUUCGGAUUGUUAUUUUUUGUUAUUAAAUGUAUAUUAUAAUUCUCGAUUAUAGAAGCAUUGAUAUUAAAUUGAUCAUUAUUUUACAAA